UCCUUUCAAAUAAUAGGGUAGGGUAAAAUUGGCAUAAGGGGAGAAUGUGGAACCAAGCCAUGAAUUAGUCACUAAAGAUAGUAUACUAUGGGAGGAGGGGAAACCUGUCAUGUCAAGGGACUUGGGUUUUGCUCCCUCCUCAUCCCUCCCCUGUCCCCUCCAGUGGACUUACAGUCCCAUUCCUCGGCCUCAUCUUUCCCCCACCUUGAGGCCAAGAUCCGUCAGACCCACAGCCUUGCAAAGCUCCUCACUAGCUAUGCUGAGCAGCUGCUUCAGGAAUAUGUCCAGCACCAAGGGGACCCAUUCGGGCUGCCCAGCUUCUCUCCCCCAGAGUUACCAGUGCCUGGGCUCAACUCCCCAGCCCCAACUCAUUCAGGGCUCCCCACCCUUGAGCGGCUGCAGCUUGAUGCAGCUGCCCUGAACUCACUGUCCCCACUGCUGGACACCAUCUGCCGCCUCCAGGCUGACCUCAAUCCUUUCGCUAGCCGGCUUCUCCGACGGCUAGAAGAUGCCUCUCACCAGUCAAGGGCACUUGGGAAUGCUAUAGAGGUUGUUCUGGGGGCACUAGGUGCAGCCCCAGGGCCCCCAGGGCCCCACCCCAUACUCCCUGAAUCUCCUGGGGUCUUCCUGAUUAAGUUGUUAGGCUACAGAGUAUGUGGGUUGUACCAGGAGUGGGUAAGAUGCACAGAAGGUGACAUGGGUCAGCUGAUGAGGGAAGGGCUAGGCUGAGAAAGAAACCCACCUCACCCUACAUCUUUCCCCAUGAAGGGCCACCAAUUAGCUUCCUUCUCACCCCAUCCUCAUCUUGGGUCACCAUCCCUUCACCAGCACAUCUUUUUGUUUUCUCCAGUUCAUUCUCUCUUCCCCUGCUAUUCAGCUUUGUAUUGGGCCCUAGGAUCAGUCAAUAUCACUACAGAAGAAAAUUCCAAGACAUUUCCCCAGAGGAGCCUUCAGCCCACCUUGUCUCCUACGACAUUACCCCUAAUGUAACCCCAGGCCCCCAUGGAUCUAUCUGGUUCCCUAUAACACUAGGCCCCUCCUUUUACCCCUCCAAACUUUUUUCCCUUCCUCAUUCCUCUAAUCCCCUUAUUCUAGCAACACGAAGCUUUGAGGUCUGUGAAAAAGGUUCCCUGAAAGGAGAUUUUUAUUUCUGAAAAUAAAUUAAGUUUUUGGUAAAAUAAAA